CGACACUCAGUGGCUUGCAUAUACGCAACGGCGCCCACUUCCGUUGGAAGCCAUGGAAUUCGAGAGAGUGCUCAAGGAGAUCGGCGGCUACGGACUGUUCAGCAAGACUGUCAUCACCGCCGCAGUAGUGCUCGGCACGUGGCACUCGGCGAUCUGCUACUUGAGCCACGUGCUUGUUCUUGUUGCGCCGCCUAGCCAGUGGUGUUUCAGCAAGGGAGUGACUUUAAGCGGCCAAGUGCUGGACGUGACGUCGCUGCCCAGAGGCCGCUGCCAGUUUGUAGACGAAAUGGCGGACGCCGCUGAAAGCGGCAACUACGCGAACACAACGACUCGUCAGUACACCGGCGCCACCUGUCCGACGGGGUGGAGGUACGACAACGCAGAGUUCUUCACGUCCAUUACUAUGGAGAACGAGUGGAUAUGCGGUGACAACUGGAAGAUGUACGCCACGCACACCGCCUAUUGGAUAGGCUCAAUGGUGGGAUGCCUAAUCUCUGGAUUUCUCGCAGACAGGCUUGGAAGGAAGAAGACCAUCCUAAUACUGCUCGUAAUAGGCGGGAGCGGCAACGCAUUCAGCGCCCUGUUUUCGAGCUUCGCGGGCUUUACGACACUGCGCUUCAUUACGGGUCUUGGAGCCGGCACCGUUUGCAGUGCGACAUUUGUAGCAGCGAUUGAGUUCACGGUGUCCCACCGAAGAUCCCUGAUUACGCUGAUCUUCGCCAUGAGCUGGUCGUGCCUAGCCGCCGCGCUUCCCUAUUACGGGUAUCUGCUGCAGAGCUGGAGGAUCCUGCUCCUCACGGCAACAGUCGUCGAUUUUAUGCUCGCAGCACUUGUCUGCUUCUGGGUACCAGAAUCACCCCGGUGGCUUCUAUCCGUCGGCCGUAAGGAAGAAGCUCUUGCCUCCCUUGAGCGCAUCUCUCGCAUCAACGGAAAGAAAGUAUCCAGGGAAACCCUCAACAAACUACUGCUUCAGCAAGAGGCGAGUGAAGCAAGCGACGUAGAAGUCACACCAUCGAAGAAACCACCAAGCUUCUUUCAGACGACGCUACUGCUCGUCAAAUCACCAAGAAUCCGGCGACUCACAAUAUUUAUUUAUUUUGCAUGGUUCGUCAUUACGCUGUGCUACAAUGUGAUCACGCUGCAGCUCGGCAGACUCGACCUGAACAUAUACUCGACGUACGCCAUCGCCAUUGCUUUCGAGUUGCCCGUGAACGCCCUCUGCCUCGUGCUCAUGGACACUGUGGGUCGGCGAUGGUCCAACACCGCCUUCCUCUUGAUCUCUACUGUGGCCUGUUUCCUCCUUGGCCUUUUGCGUCCAGAGUCCAGUACAUGGACGCUGGUCCUUGCCGUGGCUGCCAUCAUGGCGAUGGCUGGCGCUUACAACAUUACCAACCAGCUGGCGCCAGAGGCGUUUCCUACGGUUAUUCGGGGCAGGGCGGUGCUGCUUCAGAAGCUCAUCGGAGACGUCGGUGGACUCACGGGCAUUCAAGUGGCGUCACUGGUGGAGCGUGACAUGUACACACCCGUGCUGGUGAUGGCAGCGCUGUCCCUGGCCGCCACUGUGGUUGUGUUCUUCCUCCCGGAAACCCUGGAGCAAGCCUUACCGCAAAGCAUAGAGGACGGCGAGAACUUUGGAAAGGACCAGACGCUCUGCUUUUGUCCCGUAUCGGUGGCCAGGCGUGCGAGAAAGAAUCGGUCACUAGAGAAGCAAGCUAGGAUAAGUGCUCGGAAUUCCAAUGAAGACGAGAUGGGAACAGUAGUUACGCCUCUGGCCGUGGACUCGACAGUUUAGCGUGUAAUCGUGGGAAAUAUCAUUUUAGAGGCUCUCUACACAAGCCUCCAUGCACACAUAAGCCAGCCUUUCUACGGACAGCUAGGAAUGCUCCGCCUGAUUCAUCUGUACUCGCGCGCCAAGAUUCACUCAUACGUUAGAAGAUCAUGACGCGUCUCAAACAGGUACCUCACUCCCAUUAACGAGCUUACGUCAAUCAACUUGAGCCCAACCAAUGAUAACGAUCCGCGAUAUCAUCAAGUCAUCGAUAGAGCAAUAAAAAUGUUCUACGGUUAAUGGUUUCAGACUAAUAUUUACGUUAAUCACAAACAAAAAGGGUUAA